AUGGUUGAAACCAGAGAGAUGAAAAUCUUCAACGACGAAACAUCUGCGAAAAUUUUGAAUACAAUGAGGAAUACAAUGUUAUCAGAAGAAAUAGAUAUGCGUGUCUCAGGCUGGGAUAUUCUAUCAAAUGUCAUUUCAAUUUUGUUGCGUUUAUUUACGGUGUUGUUCAAUGCAAAUUUAGCUUACGAAUAUUACACAAAAGGAGAAUAUUUCUUCUUUAAAAUGACACUGUGCUUCAUCUUAAUCCCGGCAUUUAUUUCAGUUCUCUUAUCGAUAACUUUACAUUAUGAAGACUCGAAGAAAGAAAAUUUAAGAAAGAAAGGAUUUUGUCACUUGAUUCUUUUUGUUAUCAUUUUCCCAUAUACUUUAAGGUUCAUGCAAUCGCUAAUUUAUCAAGUGAAAAGCUUGCGCGCUGAAAAGAACAAAGACUCGGAAAGACAAAGACACUAUUACAAGUUAAUGGUAAUGGAAGAAAGCGAUGUCGCUUUAAUUAGAAUUAUUGAAUGCUUUCUGGAUGCAUGUCCACAUAAAAUAAUUCACAUGACGGCAAUACUUCAAUCGGGACUGCAACCAACAGUACUUCAAAGUUUGUCAUUGACCUCAGCCUUCACGGGGUUUUCAUGGAGUUUAGCUGCUUAUUCAAGAUGCAAUCGACUUGCACAACCUGAUAAAAGACCACUUAGUCUUAUUGGCAUGCUUGCACAAUGUGUCUGGCAUUUUUGUGUACCAUUAUCGCGAGUUAUUUCCAUCGUUUUACUUGCUUCUGUAUUUCCUAUUCAGAUCGUGAUUGCCAUCGCUAGUCAUGCAUUUUUCAUGACUUUAUGGAUAUUUCUGCUCGACCGGUCACCUUUUUGCUCUUACACAAUCUUCCAUAGUUUUGCUUUUUCAAUGAUUUUCGGAGCUGUUUUUAUUUUCACGUACAUUCUUCCCAGAGAAACCAAGAAGACGUGUUCACGUUAUACGUUCUUCUACAUACUCACGGGACUCGAAAACUUUCUUGCUGUCAUCUUGUUUAUCUUGUACACAGAAAUAUCAAGAAACUUUAUUAUUCUUUUUGCUUCCAUACCAAUUCUUUCAUUUUUAAUUGGAAUUAGUGCCAUGCUCGUAUAUUACAAGUUUCUGCAUCCAAAUAUUCUCAGCCGAAGAGAUUUAACCACGGAAUUGUAA